AUGUCGUGCUCAAAUGCCAACCUCGCGCCGGAUGUUGCGGAUGUUCGUGAGAAAAUGAGAUCAGUCCGAAGGUCUGCUUCUGGUCAAGGAUUGAGCUGUUUGUGUAAUGAUGGCGUUUACCGCACUUUCAGCUCGACAAGGGCCGUGGUCGAUGCUGUCCCGCUGAACAACAAGGAAAUCCAGAGCAGUCUACAUUUAUUUCCUAUUGAGGCCCAGCAGCAGGUUCAGGACAUCUUUCAGGGAGUGAAUGGGUACACUGUUGCGAAGGAAAAGCUGCUUUGCCCUGAUGAUGAUGUACUUCCCAAGGAGCUACGUAGGGGUUCAUGA